AUGGCGGACAAGAACAAGACGCCCAGCCGGUUCGCAACCGACCUCACGAACGCUCCCUCCACUUCGCGACCGAAACGACCCUCCGUCUACCGCCAGACCAGCCUCUCCGACGCCUUUCUCAUCCGUCCGACUUCGCCGUCGUCCAGCGCACUCACUUCGCCCGCGUCUCCCGCCCUCUUCGGCAGCGAUGCCCCGACCGCAGGCGCCAGCGCGUCGUCGAGCACCUGCGCGACAUCACCGCUUCGUGUAGACGACGGGGACGCGCAGAUGCUUCUUCUCGACGAGAUGGAUGGGUCAAGCGACGCGGAGGAGCAGGCGGACCGCCGGACGAAGAAGCGACGACGGGUUUCCUCCCUCUCUCCGUCGCGACGGGCGAGCGAGGACGAGGCGGACGCGCGACUGCUGGCGACGUUCGCGCCAGCGUGGGAGUUGGACGGAAGGGCGAAGCUGCCCGCGACAUACGCGCUGGCGGGCGAGCAGUUCAGCGUCUUUGACGCGAUGCGGCGGCGAGAGUUGGGUUUCGGGGCUGGACGAGCACGAUUGUCGAUGCGACCGUGGCUGCAGACAAUUGUCUCCAGCAACGAGGCGGACGUGACCCGGAUCACCUCGCAGCACGCCAGCCGAACCUGGGCGCCCCCGUUCUCGCUUGCAUUUUCUCACGCUGCGAAAGCAGGCGGGAAGAAGCUUGUUGCGGUCGGCGACGAAGAAGGCAUUCUGAGCUUUCUGAACGGGGACGACGACCAGUGGCAAGGCGGUCCGACUCGACAUUCUUUCCAAGCGCACGCGAGCGCGAUCUUCGAUGUGCGAUGGAGCCGGGACGAUUCGGUGCUCGCCAUCGCAGGAGGCGACCACACUGUCCGGCUCGUCGACUCGGCGACCCAGACCUGCGUUGGCGUGCUCAGCGGUCACACCGGCACCGUUAAAAGCAUGUCUUGGGACCCUCACAAUCCUCACAUCCUCUCGACCGCCUCGAGGGACGGGAGUAUCCUCGUUUGGGACAAGCGACUGAAAGGGUAUGCAGAGAGUGGUGUUGAGGGGACGAACGCGGUCGGAAUGGUCAAUCGGAUCCGGAAUGCGCAUGGCGCGCCGGGGAAGAAGGUCAAGGGGCGCUCUGCGACUCGAAGCGUGACGGCCGUGACCUAUCUCGAGCACCAAGACAACCUGAUCGCGUCCGCCGGCUCCGCAGACAGCCUCGUCAAGGUGUGGGACCUUCGCCGCUCGCACCGCAGCCGCGUCAACCCGUCCUCGUACGAGACGAACGAGGAGGCGCUCACGAGCAUGGAGACGACUCGUCCGCACGGCAUCUCGAGCAUGGCGCUCGCGCCUGAUGGAAGGAAGCUCUGCGCUUUGUCGACCGACUCUCGCAUCUACGCCCUCGACCCAACCAACCUGACCCACUCCGCCCCUCUAACGACCUUCCACACCCCCCUCGCGCGCUACUCAUCCUUCUACAUCCGUUGCGCCGUAUCCCCCUGCUCGCGCUUCCUCGCGAGCGGCUCGAGCGAUGGGAGCGUAUUCGUGUGGGAUACGGAGGGCAAGGGAGGGCCCGAGGAGGUGGUUAGGCUGGUGGGGCACGAGGCGGAGGUUAGUGGAUUGGAUUGGGCGCAUGAGUCGUUCGCGACCUGCUCGGACGACAACCUCGUGCGCUUCUGGCACUCGAAGCCCGACGUCGCUCGCUCCCGCCUCGCCGCGAUCCAGCACCUCUCCUCGCCUUCCCGCGACUGGCGCGACGACGCCGACGCCGAACGCCUACGAGACCGCUGGAGCGGCGAGGCGUCCAACGCGUAG